AUGCCCGAAGUCUUGAAUUUACGACCAUGGUCAACAUACGAACGAACUGAUAUGGUCACACAGAUGGCCGGUUUUCACGUGGAUAACGUUGAACAGAAUUUACGAACCAGCAGACAUGAAACGGCAAAAGAUCAAUUUUGGGGUGCACAGGCAUUUCGAUUUCGUUCAGCUGUAGCACCCUUUCGGUGCCUAGCUGCCGUGCUACCAGAAGGAAACACGAGGGCUGGGAAAUUGCCAGGUCACCCAAGCCUAGACAGGAGCGGUCGAGAUGCAGAAGUUGGGUUCGAACCACGGACCUUCCGGUCAGCAAGUUCGCACUCUGAGCACUUAGCUAUCUCAGCAAUUAUGUUCGACUCACUGUUUCAAACUGUUUUUGGGCACUGUAAUCAGAAAACCGAUCGUCCAGCUGUAACACUCUUCCGGUGCCUAGCCGCCAUGCUACCUGAAGGAACCACGAGGGCUGGGAUACUGCCAGGUUGCCCAAGCCUAGACAGGGGAAGUCGGGAGGCAGAGGUCGGGUUCGAACCACGUUCCUUCCGGUCAGCAAAUAUCGAGUCCCGUGUUGGAAAACACGGGGCAAAACACACCGGUGUAUCCUCGUGUAACCCAGACGUUUCAAAUGACCACGUGGAUACCGACUAUUUGUGGGCAGAGAAUGCAGCGCUCCGACAGCAACUAGCCGAGUGCAAACGCUUUCUUGCUAAGGUGCUCGACCAGCCACUAUCACAAGACGGGAUCGUCGCGCUGAACGAUGUGGAUCCCCUUCAGACAACACAACAACCAAUGAGGCAGCCAACCAAGUACCACGAAUUUGCUGAGGAUGCGGGCGAUUCCGCGUACUUCACCUCCUACGGACAUUUUGCUAUCCAUGGUGAAAUGAUCAGUAAGAGGGGGAGGGGCGGGGCGAGAUGGCCCAAGUGGUUAGAGCGCGAAAUUACUCACCGAAAGGUCCGUGGUUCGAACCCGACCUCUACCUCUCGACUUCUCCUGUCUAGGCUUAGGCGACCUGGCAGUAUCCCAGCCCUCGUGCUUCCUCCGGGUGGCAUGACAGCUGGGCACCGAAAGGACGUUACAGCUGAAUGGUUAUCUUAUUAUCCUUUCGAGGAUCGUCAUUCUGACGAAGUUCGCACUGAAUCUUAUCGGACAUUUAUCCUAUCCAACGCCGAUGCAUAUUUUUCGGGUAAACGAGUCCUGGAUGUAGGGUGUGGUUCCGCCAUCCUAUCGCUAUUCGCAGCCGAGGCUGGGGCGGAUCACGUCUACGGUGUGGAGGCGUCAACGGACAUAUUUGCAGCUGCCCUCGAAACAAUCAACUGUAGCACCCUUUUGGUGCCUAACUGCCAUGCCACUCGAAGUAAGCACGAGGGCUGGGAUACUGCCAGGUUGCCCAAGCCUAAACAGGGUAAGUGGGUUCGAACCACGGACCUCUCGGUCAAUAAAUUCGCGCUCUAA